AUGAUCUUCCCGAUGGGUUGCGGAGGGAGUCGGGCGGACGCGAUCAUCGAGCCGAGGUAUCAUGAAAGCUGGACCAGGGAGACGGAAUCGACGUGGCUUACCAAUACGGACGUAGAGACCCCUCUACCAGUAGCAAACAGUAAAGCCCUGGAGGCCAGUCUGAGAGAGAAGAGGAUGGUGAACACAGGCACCCAGUGUGGGAAGCAGGCCCUCACCACCGCCGGCUCCAACCACCAGAGGAGACCCAGGCGCUCCCUGAGCGAUCAAAGCACUCGUGACUCCAAAACGAGGGCAUCAAAGGAGGCCAACGCUUUGUCUAAGGAUGGGCAGUCUGUCAAUAUCAAUAGCAGUGGAGACGCUGAACCCGGCAAUGCGUGUGAUGAAAGAUGAGGAAAAGCCGAGACGCUGUGAAGCGGAAGAUGGCCGGAGCUGGGAGCAGUUCACCAGAAGAUGGGAUGGCGCUUUACAGAAGUGUGUGGAUGAUGUUUGCUACUGACUUUGCAAGGUCCUGGCUGAUUGAUCUCAGUGAUUUACAACUUAAGCACCCGCGUAUGUCUCCAUCCAAAGAUCCCGGGAUGCUACAUCUCUGUUGUGCCUCUGUUGUCACAAAUGCACGUGUGAGGCAGAGAGUGGGUCGCAAACAGUGUUCAGACUCUCCACCAUGCUUUUCUCCCAUGCUUAUGGUGCCGGUCAGGGAAUGUGUCACUGUGUUAAGCCAAUUUUAAGAAAACAAGAACAGGCCGUCCCAUAUGCAUCUGAUAAUCACAAUCUGCACAUCAAACGUUUUCUGGGUGGGGCCCACCUAAAGAAUUUGCUUCAGCUCUUUGUGCAAGUGUUUUCCUUUUGUUGUGAAUGAAAGACAUUAGUGUGGGAACCAAUGAUGAUGCGGUUUAACCUUAGUAAAUGCUGUAACUGAUUUUCAUUUAGAAGAACCUGAAGUGCUGUUUAGAAGCUGAGAUUUUGGAGAACUGAAGCUUGAAGGCUUGAAGACUGUCUUUUCCGGCCUUUGCAAGAUAAAGAAACAAACACACCCGCAUGUGCCUACAACUCAUUUAGAUUUGAACUGCUACUGUGUUCACUUUGAGAGAUUAUUUUUUAACCUUGUUCAGAACUGUGUUUUCCAGGUCUCAUGCAUCUUCUUUUAUGUCGUAUGACUUUACUCUUUAUUACUUACCACAGUGUGUUGUAACAAUGUGUCAUGUGCGUGGCUUACACUGA